CUACCUUUUAUCGUAGACUAAAGUGCAAGUCAACCAGUGGAAUUUUUAUUAUUGAAUCGGAAAGGAAAUGGCGUCAAAAUCCCCUAACAUGUUUUGUGGAACCUGUUCAAGAAGAAGUAAAUCCACCAAAGCUGUAAAGUACUGUACAGACUGCGAGGAUGCACUGUGUUCAGAAUGUUUAGAUGUUCACGGAACAAUUAAAGCUUGUGCGUCUCAUCAUGUUAUAGAUGUCAAUGUGAUUGACGGAAGUCCAUUUAUUGUAAAUAAAUUUUGCGCAGUCCAUCCGGUUAUGGUUUUAGAACUGUUUUGCUCUGACCAUGAUACAUUGUGCUGUCGGUCAUGUAUGGCUAGUCAUCAUCGCUCUUGUGACAAGUUAUUGCCAAUUGAAGUAGCUGCGAAAGGAGUCAAAACUUCAACCAUGUAUGAGGAAAUUAACACGGAUGUCCAUAUUCUUAAUACCGCUGUUAACGAGCUGGAAGAUAAAAAGAGAAAAGGCAUGCUAAGUCUUAAUGAUAGUACGGAGAUUGUUCAGCAAGACGUUAAAAACUUGAAAGGGCAAUUGCAGAAGCGGAUUCAAGAAACUGAAGCAGCUCUUAUGUCUGAAAUUGACAAAAUACAUACAAACCUGUCAAAAGAAUCAAGUGACGACCUUGACAAAAUAUGCGAUCAACGAAAAAAGAUACAAAAUAUUUCUGAACAAUUUUUAUCUGUCACAAAACAUGGAUCAGAAUGUCAAAUAUUUAUGUUCAUUAAUAAUAUAAAAAAAGAAUUGAACUGUCAGGUAAAUGAUUUUCAAGAACUGCUAUCGUCCCAAAAAGAUGUAUCUCUUUCGUUUAAAGAAUCCGAUUUAUUGAUCGUUAUGAAAUCAUUUGGUUCAGUGGAAAUGAAAGAGGCUUCCCUUAAUAUCAAAUGCAAACCGUUGAAGGGCCAGCAAGCUCAAAAAUUGCAGCAGCAGAGAAAGAUUCCAACACAAUUCAAGCUUGAUGCUAAAUUCAAAGUAGCUGGUGCAAGUAUUGCCGCCAUAGGUGUGACAAAAGACAAUAGAUUGUUUCUGUGUAAUCAAACCAGUAGAAAUUUGUAUGUUAUGUCAGACACAGGUCAACAGUUUGCAACAAUUCAAAUGAACGGAACUCAGUGGGGGAUAGCUAUCGAAGAAGAAAAGAAUUUAGCAUGGAUCACACUACCAGGAAUAAACUCUAUUCAAACAGUGAAUAUAGUUACAAUGACGAAGGGGCAACCGAUUAAAUUACUGGAAAGAUGUUACGGUAUUGCUCUUAUUGACGACCAAAUUGCUGUUGGUGGUAUUGGGAAAAUACACAUUAUAGGCAGAAUCGGUAACUUAAAGAAGACACUUGAUGUUGGGGAAAUAAAUUAUAUUUACUCAAUAUCAGUUUGGGACAAACAGCAACUUUACUAUGCUCAAUUAUCAAAAUUGAAAUGCGUAGGAUUAGAUGGAACAGUUACGUCUAUCUCUACUGAAGAUUCUUACCAAGUGAUUGAUGUUAAACAAGACAGAAUAGGAAAUGCAUAUUUACUAGAAUACCAAGCAGCAAAUUUUAAACUGUUUUCAUUUGAAAAUAAAUCUAUAAAAACUAUUUUGACAAAAAAGGAUGGACUGAAUAAUCCAUAUGGCUUUGCUUUCAGUAAAGAUUUUUCUAAACUUUUUAUUUCAAAUUACUCUUCAAGUAAAAUUUUGGUAUUUUUGUGCAAAUGAAAACCAAAGAAUUGUUUGUUGAAAAGUAAUUGAACAUUAUAUACCAUUGCAUCUGUUUGACAUGCUUGAUUAAAGAAGUUAUUGAGGAUAUCUCAAUUAUUA